UUCCUAUGCAGACUGAUCAGUUUUAGACUAUCUGCGAAAGUAGAAGGUCCGCCAGAACUCAUUAUAAGUAUUAUUUUAAUUUGUAGUUGUUUAUUAGAUUCGGAAUCAGGCAAAGAAGGAUAUUUAAAGAAGAAAAGGCAAACAGUGAAUAUGUCGACAAAACAACAUAUUUUCUUGCUUACCUUGCUUCUUAUUCUUGCCUGUGUAUGGAUCAAUUUCCUUGGACCAAUUGAUAGCAACACCAUGGUAAGAAUGAAUCAACUGAAGCCAGUAAAGCAACAAUCACCAAAGGAACUGACAUAUUUUCGCAAAGGGAAUACUCAAUCUGACUUUAUCCGGAAACCAUCCAUUUUAAGGAUGUGCCUCCACUGGAUUUUCUUUUAUAUUUAUGUAUUAGCUUGUCUUUAUAAAAUUGCUUGCGACCACCAAUCAGAUUACAAAUGGGAAUAUCUUAAAAAGUGUGACAUACUAAGGUUUUUGCAGAGACAAAAUAACACAGUAAUGUGUUUGGCUGAUUACUAUCGAGACCGCAUAAAUAAUAACCUCUCAACGCAUGAAUUAAUGAAGUACGAAUGGGCUCGGUACGAAUCAUUUAAGACAUACCCUAAAUCAGCUCCUCAUUUUCCGUCAACUCUUGCACGUGACGGUUUCUACUACACUGGUGACGGGACAUUCGUUACAUGUUUUUGCUGCGGAAACAGAUUAGAUACGGCAGAACAUGAGAAUAUUGCAGAAGCUCACCGACAUCGCUCACCCAACUGUAGAUUUGCCAGAGGCGAGAGCAGUGCGAAUGUGCCCAUUAAUCAUCGCGCCGUGGAUAGUCGGACGGGUUUGAAUGGAAAUCCUAGGUAUGACACGGAAGCAUCAAGACGUGAUUCUUAUCGCAGCUGGCCGCAGACCAGCCCAGCUAUUACAAUGCAGCUUGCAGAAGCUGGAUUUUACUAUGUUGGAACGAAUGACAGUGUUCGUUGUUUCUCAUGCAGACUUUGCCUAAGAGAUUGGACGCCUAAUCGCGACCCGUGGAGAGUCCACGCUUUGUAUUCGCCGCAAUGUCAACAUGUAAAACGAUGUAAAGGAGAUAAUUUUAUUAGAAAGAUAUGCUUGACAGUAACCAAUGGAACCAGUAGGCAAGAGACGCAUUCUUCAGAUGAAAUGUCACAUGAUCUGCAGAGCGGAGCAGCGCAGAUCCUCCUUCAGAUGGGACAUAGUGUUACUAGAAUAAAGGAUGCAAUUCUUCACUUUAGACGUAGGCGAGGCAACAGAAAGCUCUCAGCAAAGGCUCUAAUCGAAUACUUGCAUGACACGGAACCGAACCUCUCUGGACCUAAUUCCUAUAGUCCAUCACUCUUAGCAUGGGCAUCAGCUGCAAGAUCUAAUAUGAAUGACGCUAGUCAUCCGGAAAGAGCACCAAAUAGGACAGUUCAUGAAAGCAGAACGCAGCGAACUACAGGUACUAGUAAACUUCAAGAGGAGAUUGAUCAGUUGAAGCAUCAAAAAGUAUGCAAAAUCUGUUUGGACAAGGACGUUUGCAUUGUAUUUCUACCAUGUGGUCACCUCGUUGCAUGCGAAGAUUGUGCUCCAGCAUUGAGAAUGUGUGCAGUUUGCAGAGCACCUAUUAGAGGGACCAUCAGGACAUACAUAUCUUGAGCAUUGUUGUAUUUAGCUUAAAAUCUACUCUUAAAAUAUAUUCUUUAUAAAUUUGAUGCUAUUUCAGUGUUAAAGCUACUAGUAAAUUCUAUGUGAUUUUACUUUGUUUCUAUUUCAUCUUUUAAAAGUGGCACAGCAACGCAGACAUUUUUAACAGUUUGUGACUAAUAAUCUCUUGUUCGUGGUAAACAUUUGUUAAAUAAUAAAUUGAUAUUAACAUAUAGUAAACUUCGUAAUAAAUCUUUGUAAACAU